AUGGCUCUCCUCUCUCCAAAAGUCUUCUCAUUUUCUACCUUCUUUUACUCCAUCCUAUUCUUCUGUUUUGUCUUUGCUGGUAACAAUAACCAGGCAUUCUCAACCCAACAAUGCAUACAAGAACACUUCUCUACCUUGCUCCACCCGAAGAAUGGCUUUUACUUCUCUAAUAAAGCCUUAACUAACCUGUCCUCAUGGAAUUCAAACAAUACCGAUUGCUGCUUCUGGGAAGGCAUCACGUGCGACGGAGCCACUGGUCACGUGAUCAGCCUUGACCUCAGCGAGCUCUCUAUCUCAGGUCGGAUUGAAUUUGAAAGCCUCUUUCGUCUUCAGAGCCUACGGAGGCUCAACCUGUCUUUCAAUGAAUUUGAUGCCUCUCCAAUUCCUUCUGGGUUUGAGAAACUCACCAGUCUGACCCAUCUCAACCUUGCUUCUUUGCAUUUUUAUGGUCAAAUCCCUCUGGAAAUCUCCAACUUGACCAGUUUGGUUUCUCUCGAUCUAUCUUACAAUCAUCAUUCUGCCAAUGAUUCCAAAAAUGUACCCCUGAAACUCCAAAACCCAAACAUCAGAACUCUCGUCCAAAACCUGUCGAGUCUGAGAGAACUCCAUCUGGACAAUGAAAACAUCUCAGCACAGGGAAGCGAGUGGGGCCAGCCAUUAUUCAUGUCACUUCCUCGUCUCCGGCAGUUGACCUUACAAUAUUGUGGUCUUUCAGGCCCCAUCCAUUCUUCUCUUUCCCAACUCCGUUUCCUAUCUCAACUCGACCUCAGUGCAAAUGACCUGGCAGGAUCAUUACCAUCCUUCCAUGUGAAUCUCAGCAAGCUAGAGUACUUGGAUCUUUCAUUCAAUAGUUUCAGCGGCCCAAUUCCUUCUUCGUAUGGAAACGAGCUUCUUAAUCUCAAAGAAAUCAGGUUACUAGUUAAUUUUCUCAAUGGGACCAUUCCAGCAUCGUUGUUUUCAAUCCCAACAUUACAAAUGCUGGAUCUCAGAGAGAAUGAGCUAGGUGGUCGGCUUGAUGUGAUCCACAAUGUAUCUUCUACACAGUUGGAGCACAUUUAUUUGGAUAACAACAACUUGCAGGGAAUGGUGCGGAGCUUUAUCUUUAAACUUCUGAAGCUUAGAACCAUUUCCCUUCCUUCCAACAAUUUCAGUGGUGUUGUGGAGCUAGGCUCAUGUCAAAAUCUCAAGAACCUCUCACUUCUCGAUCUUUCAAAUAACAACCUGUCUAUCAAAGACAGUGAUGGUAAUUCUACCAUUUUCUCGUUUCCCCAGGUCAGAUAUCUAUCCAUGCGUUCUUGCAACGUUGGCAAAUUUCCAAAUUUCUUACCAAAUCAAGAGCAGAUGGUAUAUCUAGACCUUUCCAACAGUAAAAUCAAUGGUGGAAUACCCAAAUGGAUAUGGAAGGUCGGGAAUAGGACUUUAUACUAUUUAAAUCUUUCUCGCAAUGCUCUACAAAGAAUAGAACCACCAUUUCUCCAUGUUUCAUUCGAUGACUAG